GAUAAUUGAAUGGCUCGCGGCCCGUAUCCUUCUGCUUCAACCCGCAGUUGCUGAAGCUCCCAUGGCGGACCGUGCUCUCUUAUCCCUCUCCCGUUCUCCUUCCUUCUCCUCCAUCUCCGACCGGAUACCACCUCUCCAUUCCUCAAUCCUCUCACGCUCGACCUUCUUGAAGACCAGACUCAGAAGAACAAUCAGGCAGAUAUGUCAAAGGGAAUUGACGGCAGAAUCACGGUCAUUGCCGCGGCUGAAGAUGUCUUUGGAGAACCCUUUUAUUAUCGAAAAGAUUUUAAAGGUGAAGGAGCCAUCAGUCUGGGUAUCUGCACUUUCAGUCGGACUUCCCUCUUGGUUGGCUUGUGCACAAGUUGCAGAUGCAAGUGAAACUAUUCAAAUAAAUGCUGUUUAUGAGAUUGGAGAGUUGUUUGAAUUGGGAAUCCAACUAUCCUAUUUGCUUUUGUUAUUGGCCUUGCUUGGUGUGGGUUCUUUCUUUGUCAUCCGUCAGGUCUUAGUCCGCAGAGAACUUGACCUUUCCGCUAAAGAGCUGCAGGAACAAGUAAGAAGUGGUGAUGCUAGUGCAACUGAGUUCUUUGAACUGGGUGCAGUGAUGCUAAGAAGGAAAGUUUACCCGGCUGCAACUAAGUACUUGCUUCAGGCAAUUGAAAAAUGGGAUGGAGAUGAUCAAGAUCUUGCACAGGUAUACAAUGCCCUUGGUGUUAGUUAUGUUCGAGAUGGCAAGCUUGAGAAAGGAAUUACACAAUUUGAAACAGCGGUGAAGCUUCAACCAGGAUAUGUGACAGCUUGGAAUAACCUUGGUGAUGCAUAUGAAAAGAAGAAAGACUUGAAGUCUGCUCUUAAGGCAUUUGAAGAGGUGCUGCUUUUUGACCCUACCAAUAAGAUAGCUAGACCACGGCGGGAUGCGUUAAAAGAACGUGUGACCAUGUACAAAGGAGUUCCCGUGAAAUCAAAAGAAAGAUGAUUGUGAUUGAUGGGACCAAAGUCGGCUUUUUUCUAUGAGUUGUUUGAAGGACAUCGCGGCCAAGGUUAUCUUGACCAAGGUGGGAGUGGGACAACCUUCCACGGCCCUAAUUUGCAAGUGGGUUUCACUUGGCCAUUGUAUCCACACCAUGCUUCUGACUGCAGCGCGACUAUUUCGCCCGCAUUCUCUGGUUUUGCGCCAUCAAUUUGACAACUUGCUUACUAGAGAUAGACAGUAUCCUUCCCAUGAGACAGGGAUUGCUAAUAAUUAUAAUUACAAUCAUAAUUCUAACAAUAUCUUAGAUUUUGUGAA